AUGUUUUUAGCAGCUUUUACUAUCUAUAUCGAACCUCUUUUGAUCAUCAUUAUUAUUUAUACUUACAUUAUUCGGUAUGUUCAACAAACCAGUCCUCUUCAUCGAAAACGACGCAAAGCGAAUCAACGAAAUAUGAUAGUUAUCAGACGUACUCUUAUUCUUCUGUUCUGCUUAAUCCUCGUUGGUAUUCCAUCGUUAGUUAUAUUAUUUAUCUAUAUAAUUACUGGCUAUUUAACGUCGUUUGUUUAUGAUAUUCAACUGUUGAACAUAUCCAUUGAUUUGACGCUUACAACGAUCGUGCUCGCGUGCAUCACACCGAAAAUUCGAAGUAUAUUUCGACGGAAUCAAAAACGUCAAACAUCGCGUCAGAAUACGUCAGAAUCAAUUCUCGAUCAACGAUCGCAAGAGACUUAA